ACAGCCGACUCUUUUAACCGACCAGUGCUGCGGGCUGCGGCCACCAACUCCCGUGGCACCGUUGACCGCCGAGGCCGCCAAGGGCCGAACGCAACGGCGGCGAUGAGGAAGCCGGCGGUGGUUGCGGCGGCUACGGCGGUGUUCGCAGCUGCAGCUGCAGCCGCCGUGCUGGCGCGCCAGAGGCUGCGUGAGGCGAAGCGGUGGGCGCGUGCGGGCGCCGUGCUGCGGGACCUGGAGGCGCGGUGCGCGGCGCCGGAGGAGCGGCUGCGGCAGGUGGCGGACGCGAUGGCCACGGAGAUGCGCGCGGGGCUCGCCUCCGACGACCCCGAGGGCGGGGACGGGAGCGUCGUCCUCAAGAUGCUCGUCACCUACGUUGACUCCCUCCCCUCCGGGGAUGAGAAAGGGCUGUUUUAUGCCCUUGAUCUUGGAGGAACAAACUUUCGUGUUUUACGAGUUCAGUUGGGGGGCAAGGAACAGCGAAUAAUCAAGCAAGAAUCUAAAGGGGUGUCCAUUCCUCGUCAUUUGAUGUCCGGAGGUGCAAAUGAACUGUUCGAUUUCAUCGCUGCUGCAUUAGCAAAGUUUGUUGCCUCUGAAGGUGAAGAUUAUCAUCUUCCUGAGGGCGUGCAGAGACAGCUCGGCUUUACAUUCUCCUUUCCGGUGAAGCAAACUUCAAUUGCCUCUGGCACUCUCAUCAAGUGGACAAAAGGUUUUACAAUUGAUGAAAUGGUUGGCAUGGAUGUUGUGGCAGAAUUAAACAAGGCUAUCAAACGUCAAGGACUUGAUAUGAAAGUCACAGCAUUGGUCAAUGAUACAGUAGGGACACUGGCUGCUGCCAAAUAUGCGGAUAAUGACGCUAUUGCUGCAGUAAUACUGGGUACUGGUACUAAUGCGGCAUACAUAGAUCAUGCACACACAAUUCCUAAAUGGCACGGCCCACUUCCCAAGUCUGGAGAUAUGGUGAUAAACAUGGAAUGGGGGAACUUUAGGUCUUCUCACCUUCCUCUGACUGAAUUUGACCAUGCCUUGGAUGCAGAAAGUUUGAACCCUGGUGAACAAAUUUAUGAGAAGUUGAUUUCUGGCAUGUAUAUGGGGGAAAUUGUUCGAAGGUUCUUGCUAAAAAUGGCUCAGGAAGCUUCUCUGUUUGCUGAUGGUGUACCUGAAAAACUUGAGAUCCCAUAUAUCCUGAGUACGCUUCACAUGCUGAUGAUGCAUCAAGACACAACACCUGACCUCCAGACAGCUGGUAUCAAGCUGAAAGAAGUAUUGGGGAUACAAAACACCUGUUACAAAACAAGAAAAGUAGUCGUGGAUCUUUGUGAGGUUGUUGCCAGGCGUGGUGCACGACUUGCUGCUGCUGGAGUCUACGGCAUCCUAAAAAAGCUCGGGCGAGACACUGUAAGCCCCGACGAACAGAGGACAGUGGUUGCUGUGGAUGGUGGAGUUUACAAGUACUAUACAUUCUUUGCCCAGUGCAUGGAGAGCACUCUGAGGGACUUGCUGGGGGAAGAAGUGGCAUCCUCUGUCGUGAUUAAACAGGCAGAAGAUGGGUCAGGCACUGGCGCUGCUCUAUUGGCAGCCUCCUAUUCUCAAUGCCUCCAGGACGAUUAAUUCAGCCCAUAGUUCCUUAGAGUCUGAAUCAAUAUGCAGGCAUGAUGCUGUUAAAACAUUCACCUGUCCCACUAUUCGGUAUCAGGCAAUGUUCAGUCAAUUACAGAAAAUGUGUUACAAAUGUAUUUGCAGUCAUUAAUCUUUCUGAAACUGCUUUUAUAGAAUCUUGUUACCAGAGUUGGAAUUCAGCA